AGCGCGCGCCCCGCCGAGCGCCCGCCCGCCGGGGGCCUGAGCGCUGGGGCGCGUGCGCGAGCGGUGCAGCACCGGCCGCGGGAGCAGGGAGUAUUAUGGGCUGUGGGUGCCGCUGAGCAAGAUGGAGCUGUCUGCAGUGGGCGAGCGGGUCUUCGCGGCCGAAUCCAUCAUCAAACGCCGGAUCCGAAAGGGACGCAUCGAGUACCUGGUGAAAUGGAAGGGGUGGGCGAUCAAGUACAGCACUUGGGAGCCGGAGGAGAACAUUCUGGAUUCGCGGCUCAUCGCCGCCUUCGAGCAGAAAGAAAGGGAACGUGAGCUGUAUGGGCCCAAGAAGAGAGGACCCAAACCCAAAACUUUCCUCCUAAAGGCCCGGGCCCAGGCGGAGGCCCUCCGAAUCAGUGAUGUCCAUUUCUCUGUCAAGCCAAGUGCCAGCGCCUCCUCGCCCAAGCUGCACUCCAGCGCUGCGGUGCACCGCCUCAAGAAAGACAUCCGCCGCUGCCACCGCAUGUCCCGCCGCCCCCUGCCACGUCCAGACCCACAGGGGGGCAGCCCUGGCCUGCGCCCACCCAUCUCGCCCUUUUCUGAGACCGUGCGCAUUAUCAACCGCAAGGUGAAGCCCAGGGAGCCCAAACGGAACCGCAUCAUCCUGAACCUGAAAGUGAUUGACAAGGGCCCGGGAGGUGGCAGCACUGCGCAGGGCACCGGGGCGCUUGCCCGCCCCAAAGUCCCCUCGCGGAACCGGGUCAUCGGGAAGAGCAAGAAGUUCAGCGAGAGUAUGCUCCGCACCCAGAUCCGCCACAUGAAAUUCGGCACCUUCGCGCUCUACAAGCCCCCGCCCGCCCCUCUGGCGCCCUCUACCGUGGGCAAAGCCGACGUGGCCUCCUCGGGGCCUGGGCUGCUCCUGGACCCCCCAGCAGCUGCUCCCUAUGAUGCACACAGCUCCAGCUCUUCCGGCUGCCCCUCACCCACACUGCAGUCCUCCGACCCAGACGAUGCACCCCCCAAGCUACUCCCCGAGACCAUGAGCAGGUCUGCUCCCAACUGGCGGGAGCCAGAGGUGCUGGAUCUGUCCAUCCCUCCUGAGGCAGCUGCCACCGGCCAGCGGGUGCCUCCUGAGGUCACUGCUGCUGCGGCUCAGGCACUUCACACAGCUCUGGAGCCCACAGGUGCCUGCCCCGCCGAGCCUGAGGCUGGGGACUGGCGCCCCGAGAUGUCGCCCUGUUCCAAUGUAGUUGUCACAGAUGUCACCAGCAACCUCCUGACCGUGACCAUCAAGGAAUUCUGCAGCCCUGAGGAUUUCGAGAAGGUGGCUGCUGGCGUGGCAGGUGCUACAGGGGGUGGCGGUGGCAUCGGGCCGAGCAAGUGAGGGGCUUCCCCAAGGAGGGGGGCUUUGGGGGGCCUCCUUCCUGGAGUCAUUCUUCUGCUCCCACCCCGUCCCUGCCCUCAGACCCGUCUGCCUGUGCUUUGCUUGCCUCAAAUGGCUCCGUGUCGACCCAGGGAUGGGACUGCUAGUCUUGGACUUGGUCAGAGCCCUGGGAGGGCACAGGGAGGAAGAAACAUGUGCGCUCUGGUGUUCCUGGCACUGCCCCGACUGUGCAGGUGGAGCCCACUAGGUGGCUUCUGGGGAACCCCAGAAGCUGGGGUUCACCUCUUCUAUCCACACCCACCCUGCCUCUCCUAGCUUGCUUCUUGCUCUGUGUGCAGCAUCUGGUCUUGGUGCUAUCUUGGCAGCUGCAGGGCCCCCGGGAGAUGCCACCUAGAACGGGCAAGUCUCUUGCUACCACCUGGUGCUGAGUGAAGGACGAGGCCGAAGCGGGCCCUUUCCUUGACACCAUUGCGGGUGGCAGCAGCUGGGCCAGGGGUCCCCUUCCUUGCUCACCUACCUACAUCCGGACUGGGCCUACACCACGUAUUGUGCCCCACACGCCCUGUCUCUACCCAAAACCCUCUUUGAAGGUGGAGAGGCUGGCAGACACGGCACCCUGCUGCAACCUCUGGGCAUCCGGAAGCCCCUUCCGUUUUCUACCAAAGGUGCUGCAAGAACCUGCUGUGGACACUUCUGGCUGUGCAUGUGUGUUUGCCCCUUGGCUUAUUCUCGUGUGGAUCCAUGUGUGUGCUGGGUGCAGGGCCUCAGUCUCCCCUGCAACACCCUUGACGGUUCCUCAGAACAGGGUCGCUGAAGGCGUGGCCUCCCUUGCCUUAGCCAGGCCUGGCCCAGCCCAGCCUGUGUGGUUUGUCGUAGAAGCCACAGGCCUCUCCUUCCAAUCCCGGGUUUCUGGGAGACAUGGAGCCCCCAGGCCCUUCUUGGGAUGGUCAUCUUGAAAGUCAGGCUUUCACUGCAGGCAUGGCAUGGUGGGACUGUGAUGGAGGGAGAGUCCGGCUGCUGCCUGGAGACUUGGCAGGGCUAGGGUCCUCGGUCUCUGCCAGCCCUCUGGUUUGAUUUUUUACUGCUGAGGCUUCCUAACAGUCUAGCCUGUUGGAAGACUUUGGGUGCCUUGGGCAUCUUCUGUUGCCCUCUGCUGCUAGGGAACCGAGGCAUCCAUGCCAAUGGCAGAGACCAAAGCCCCAGAUUCAGGCCAGGUGCCAGGAGAGUAGGCAGGGGAGAGACCACAGAGGUGUCUGGGUUCCGCAGAGGGAGGUGCCUGUCCCCUGGAGCACUUAGGCCUACCUUUGGCCGCUGCCUGGGUUCCACUCGCGUGUUGAGUGGCAUGUUCCUGUGUGUAGCCUGAGCUGGCUUCUGGUAUACACAGCCCUUGGUACCUUGCUCAGAAGCAUGGAAGAAGGCAGAACCAUGUGGUCUGAGAACGAGUAUCUGGUCUUAGGGGAAGACACUCUUCUCAUGCCCCCUGCUAGGGUCUACAGCACAGCCCCAACCCUCCUUGCCCCAGGGUAUAAAACAGGGGUUCUCACAGGGUUUGAGGGGCCUACUCUUCGGUCCCACCUUGUCCUGUGUAAGCUCCAAUACCGUCCAAGUGCCAAUUGGCUUUUCCCCCAAAUAAGGGCUGGUAUUUCGCCCCUGUCCCCAGAGGCGAUUUCCCCCUCCCCCUCCCCAGGUGAGCCACCACCUGGGUGCCAGUUACAGGUGUUUGCAGAGACCAUAGAAAUGUGUUUUCCUGAGAGUCUGUGUCAUUUGUGACCUUUUUUUUGUAAAGAAGUUGUGUUUUCAGAGGUGAUUUUAUGACAGGAAAGUGAAAGAGUUAGUUUUGCAAAAAAUAAAAAGAAAAAAAAAGAAAAAAUUUUAAAAGUAUAAAAAAAAAAAGAAAGAAAAGAAAAAAUGGGGAAAAAAAACAACUGUGGGAUUCCUAAAAGUGUAAGAUGGGGUUGGGGGAGAAAGAUAUUUAAAGAGAACGUAGUAGCGCAGCGAUUGCACAGGUGAGUUGGCGAUGUUCGGGUGAGGCGGAGGCCUGAGCUAGCCGGGGGUGCCCUGGAGAAGAAGGCACUGCACAGAUCCCCACGUGUGUGUGGUCAGAGGGUGGGGGUCUUCCACACUUCUGGAAGGACUUCCCCUCCUUCCUUGGCAGCGGGCAGGACAAGUCAUCUUUGGUGACGUAGGAGCAUCCUUCCACUCAACCAGUCCCAAGGGAACUAGCAGGAAGCUCAGGGGACAGGCAGGUGGCGGUCGUCGGACUCCGAGGGGACCGGGCUCCCCGCUGGUGCUUUCUCCCCAGGAAGGCUUCUCAUGCAUGUGCUUUUACUCCACACCAGCUUGCUGGGUCACACGGUUCCCAGUAGCUUCACAGUCACCCCAAAGACCGGGCGCCUUUGAGUCUCCCUGGUUGAGACAGGGGUGCAGGCUUCAGGAAGUGGCUGGCGGAGCAACGCCAUCCGUGCAUGCCUCUGUACUCAUGCACAAGGCCUCGAGAUGCGUGGACGCAGGGAAGGCAUGGGAUUGCCAGUGAGCGGAACCCUUCCCUCUCCUGCAUGGUCUGGAGCAAGAGGCGAGGCCCAGAGGCUGCACAGACAGACCCCUACACAGGCCCGCACCAUCGGCCUACUGCAGGCCCCCCCUCCACCCUUGCUGCUUUUCAUUUGCCUAAUUACCAAGCAGAAGGGGCAGUCUGGUUUGCUUUAUUUUUGUAUGUGAAAUGACCCCUUCUGAUGGUCACGUCCCGUAAAUGCGCCCUUCCCACCCACACAUCAGGAAGUAGGAGUGGGUGAGCCCUGGGUCUUCUUUUUUGAGAUGAAAGGUUGAGACUCCUCCCUGUUUUUGGUUCUUGCCCUGAUCUCAGUCAGUCCCUCUGAAAAAGCUGUACGGAGUGGCAAGGUCUCAGCACAAAGCACUCUGGGGCCUCCAGCUGCCUAGCCCGUAAAGGAGCAAAGUGAGCCUCUUUCCCCCUCGCUUCUUGGGGGAGGGUGGAAUGGAGGGCAUGGUCUCAUCUCAAGGAGGCUAAGCUAUUUCACUGCAGUGAUGGAGGCCUCAGAGCCCAGGCUGCCCUGGCCUUUGAAGGGAAUGUGGGAACUCGGGCUGGCUGUGGCAGAGGCUGGAGGGCAGGCCCUAGCAAAAACUGUCAGUCAAGGAUCUGGGCUUGGGUCAGCCUUCCUGGCCCCUGGGGACCUGAGAGGGCACACCCCUUUCCCUUACUUCCUGUUCAGUUGAAUGGCUUUGUUGUUUUGUUUUGUUUUGUUUUGUUUUGUUUUGCACUUCCUUGGUUGGAGAGCCCAGCCUAGUCAGUUCUACCCUUGGGCUCCCAUGCACUAGACCAAGGUGGCCUCUCUGGGGCUCCUGCGGUUCAAGGAAUCACUUUUUAAAAGAUAUAGAAAAUUUAAGGGGUUUAGUUUUGUUCUGCCUGCUUCUCUUCUUGGUUUAGAAAGCCCAGAAAGUGGGGUUCCCGGACCCCUUCUGACAGUCCCUGAGAGGCAAGAAUGGACACCUGGUCAGGUGGGGGCUCAGGACCCCCUUCCCAGCCUCCAGUUCCCUUUGUCCUUAACUGUGGAACUUCAGCUAGGGAUGGAGCCAGAGGGUGUGAGGGGCCAGGAGGAAGGAAUUAGAUACUGGGCACAACUGGGCCAAGGGACGAAGCAGGCAUCUUUUUGUUGGUUUUAACUUAAAAACACAAAGGCCUAAAGAAAUAUGUAUCUUAUAAUUUUUUAAUUUUUAAGAAGCUCGUUUGAUGAACUGCACGAAUGGAUUCUAUAUAUAUAUAUAUAUAAAAUAUACGUACAUAGCUCUAUAUUUGGGGACGGGCACUGUCUCUUUUCUUUCGCAUUUUAAAGAUGAAGUAUCUUUGCCUUUGUCUGUGGUUCAACCAUCCAGCUCCCAGCUGGCUAAACUUUGCCUCCGGUGAUUAAUGGCGAGAACAAGGUGGUCAAGGUGGCCGAUGGACGAAGGGGCAGGGCCCCCAGUCUGCCCUGCCCCUCAGGGGGGACUUCCGGUAGGGAAGACAGCUUAUUUUGGAUGUGGGUUCGGUAGAUUCUGGGCCAGGGGAGGGCGGGCUCGUGCUGAUCACUCUGUCUCGUACGUUUUGUUCUGCUGCUCUUCAAUAUUGUAUCGAUGCCAGGAAAGGGGGUGAGGCCUCUUUCACCCCCAAAUAAAUUGUCACAUUCCGAA